AUGGGAUUAAUCUUCAAAGGAACAUGGCGCCUGGACCUCGGCCUGAUGGUCCUCUACCAAAUGACCCUCUUCUUUUCCGUUCAAAUGCUUUUUGCCAUUUUUCUGGAGUACAUGCCGAAAACUUACUGUACUGAUGAUGACUAUUGCUACAAAAUGAAAAACAAGUGCCUAACGGACUUCAUUCGCGAGGAUGAUAGCCAAAUUUGUCCGUAUAAUUCUACAGAUUUUGUAUGUGUUUUUUUCAAUCUUUUUUUGAAUUUUUCAAAAUUGUGCAGUAGAGCAAAUUUUCUAUUCCAGAAACAAUGUGUUCUGGAUGCCAAAAGAGUGGAUUUUCGAUCAGCUCAAUUUGACUAUCAACAGGAUUGUACUGGUUUAAAGCACUUCUCCUCUUCCACUGCCACUUUCAUCGGAACCCUUCUUGGAAACCUCGUCCUUAUAUACCUCUCUGAUACCAUUGGCCGUCGUCCUGUGUUCAUUUUCUCUAUCGCACUUGGAGUUCCUGCUCUUAUCCUAUCAGCUGCUAUCAAUGGGGUCAUGAACUUUUAUAUUUUCCGUUUUAUUGUUGGAUUCGCCGUUGCUGGAACGUUGACUGUCGGAUGGACGUACUCAUCGGAAAUGAUUACGCCAAGUCGCAGAUUUAGAUUGAGGACAUUCCCGAAUUGGGCAAACGCCCGAAUGAUGCAAGUCGGAGUGUCCUGGUUGGCUGGCGAAUGGAGACUUGCCUCGUAUUUAUGUGCGACACUCUCGGCUACAGUACUCCCCAUGAUUUGGUAUCUUCCAGAAAGUCCAGUGUUUUUGGAGCAAAAGAAAAAGUUCGAGCGAGCCGAGAGAUCAAGAGAAAAGAUCGCAGAGAUCUGUCAAUUAGAAUAUGAGCCAAAACCGAGAGAGGAGAUGAAGGAUUUGAAGAAAAUUACACCAAUGAAAUUGUUAAAAAGUCCAACUUUGAGAAGGAACUUUUUGGUUUUGUGCUGGAUGUGGUUCUACGUUGGAAUGUCCGUCUACAUCACGGAUUUGAACAGUGGAGAUAUGGCGAAGAAUUUCUAUGUCGGACAAUUUUUGUGUGGAUUUGCGUUGACGGUGUCGAAAAUUACAAUAGGUCUUCUUGAACCAAAACUCCCCUGGCUUGGACGUCGUCUGCUUUUCUUAGUCUCCCAAAUCAUAGCCAUAUGUGCCUAUAUCAUUAUCCUCAUCGCUCUCUGGACAAACAACAAGGAAGCCUGGUGGUAUACUGUAGCCUAUAUCUUCGCCUACGCAUCUCAAUCUCUCUGUCUGGAAACGUGUUAUCUAUCACUGGCUGAACUGAUGCCAACUGAUGUUCGAACGAUUGCUGGUGCUCUUAUGAACAUUUUAAUGAAAGUUGGAACUAUUAUGGCAUCGACUACAAAGCCCAUCAAAUUCUGGUAUGAACCUCUGUUGUUCAUUAUUAAUUUGAUACUGUGCACUGGUGGAGUGGGCGUGGUUUGGAAAUAUUUACCGGAAUCCAAAAACAUGAACAUGCAACUGGUGGGCCAGGAUGAGAUCAGUGAAGAAGAUGAUGAAUAUUCGUCAUCCACCAAACCAGACGACGUCACGUCAUCUGAAGAUCACUCUCAUAACCAUUCGGAAGUGUCUGAAAAUGUUUCGGAGGCCACUGAAAAAUCAGAGAAAUCUGAAGAAUAA